AUGGGGUUUGUGCAACGAGUUAUGAGGCGUCUGCCUUCGGCGCAGAAUGUACCAAUACUCGAUGAGGGAAAGUCGAAGGGCAAGAACACAUCCCGAUUGGCGUUUUUUCGGCGGCCGCUCAGGUUAAAGGGCAAUUCCAGGAUUUCUGUACCACUCGGCGUUGUUCUCCUUUUUCCAUGUAUUGUUGUUGUGUUGAUAUUGGUGCUGUUUGUCCGACAUCCUAAAUCAGGGGUCGGCAUAUUAAUGCCCGCUGGAGCACCACCAGCUAUUAGGAAGAUCAGUGAAGAGCAUGACAAGGUGUUCGUAACGGGGUGCAUGGAGCCAGAUACGUCGAAACCGAGGGCGAAUGCGGCAUUCGUGGUGCUGGCGAGAAAUAAGGAACUGGAUGGUGUGAUACAAUCCGUAAAGUCGAUCGAAAGACAUUUCAACCGGUGGUACCAUUACCCAUAUGUUUUCUUGAACGAUGAGAAGUUCAAUGAGACGUUCAAAGCUACUAUUCAGAAUUACACCAGUGGUUCAGUGGAGUUCGGGCUUAUUGACCCUUCAACUUGGGGUUUCCCGGACUGGAUCGAUCCAAAGGUUGCCAAGGAGGGUAUUGCGAAACAAGGAGAUGCCGCAAUCAUGUAUGGUGGAAUGGAGAGUUACCACGCCAUGUGUCGAUUCUACUCAGGAUUUUUCUACAAGCACCAUCUUUUGGACAAGUACGAAUGGUACUGGCGGUUGGAGCCAGAGAUCAAGUACUUCUGCGACAUUACCUACGACCCUUUCCUCAAGAUGAUUGAAACGAACAAAACUUACGGCUUUACGAUCGCGGUCAAGGAAUUGAAGGAAACCGUACCAAACAUUUUCAGAUAUGCUUCUGCAUACAAGAGAGUUAAUAAUAUCACAUCCCAAGGUCUCUGGGAAAUGUUCGUGGAGCCGCAACCAGAUGAGCCAAAGGAGGAGCCAGAUACCAGUCCCAACACCCACAACCUUCCCGAACAAAUUCUUAAUGGCGAUCCAUCCCGCGCAAAUCUACCUCCUAUCGAUGGCGAAGCAAUGGAAGGCGAGAAAUACAAUAUGUGCCAUUUCUGGUCGAAUUUUGAGAUCGCUCGUCUUAGUUGGUUUAGAAGCAAGGAAUAUGAAGAUUUUUUCCAAAUGAUGGAUCGUAGUGGAGGAUUCUGGAUGGAAAGAUGGGGUGAUGCACCGAUUCAUUCUCUCGCCGCUGGUGCUCUUCUGGCUCCUCGAGACAUCCAUUACUUCCGAGACUUCGGUUAUAGACACACCACGAUCCAACAUUGUCCCGCAAAUGCGCCAUCCCGUCAACUAGCAAGGUCACCAUUUUUGGAAGCGACAACUGUAGACGAGAAGAAACGCAAAGAAGAAGAUGAAUAUUGGGAUUCGUGGGAUACACCCAAGGAGAAUGGUGUAGGAUGCAGAUGUAGGUGCGACACUGAUAUUGUCGAUGUAGAAGGCAAACAAGGAUCCUGCUUAGCAGAAUGGGUAGAUGUGGCUGGUGGAUGGGCCAGUCCUUGA